AUGUGUUUGUCUCCUCAUUCGUACCCUCGAUUUCUCCCGCGCUUGCUCAGAUAGUUUUCUCGAAUAGCCACGCGCAGAUUUGGCGGGGAAGUGAUAAGCACGACGGGAUUGGACGAUAUUCGUCAUCUAGGUCUAGACUACGUUCUUCCACGACGCUCCCAAUCCCAAGACUCCAAGACAACAAGCAAGUGGACUCCACAAAGACAGCCAGACCCCUAUUCGCCACGCGAGAAGGAAUAGAGAAGGGCCGUGAAUUCACUGGAUGUUUUUUCCCGAACGCGGCGCGAUCACAUCGUUUGUACCCCUGACAGAAUCCGUCAGCUCCCGGAAAACAACAACUCGGAUUAGAAUUCAAACCCCAAAUGUUUGUCACAUACCGCCUAUUUUGUUAGACUCAUUAUACUUACCGCAGUUUCUGAGGACUUGUCGCUAGAGCAUCGUGUUCUUGAAAAGCCUAAUAAAGAGAGCACGCUUAGUCCCGCACGCUUAGUCGUGUUUUUGUUCGCCGUGUGUGCUUGUGAACUUUAACUGACGCGUUCAACGCGUUCGCCAUGGCUCCUACCGUCGCAGGACCCAUGACUCUUUCUCAAGUCGGCGUGCGACCUCCAGUCGCAUCUGCCGCCAUAUCUUCACCCUCCUCUAAAUCCGCCGUUCCCGCCACAUCAGCCAGAACCACGUCAGCCAGAUCCACGUCAGCGAACGUGUGCGCAGUCAGCGUGUCGGCAAUCCCUAAACCGCUCGAAUGGCUCGAGGUGUCUGGCAGUCCGUUCGAGCGCGGCUGUGCGAUCGGCGUGCGAUUCGGCGACAAGAUCCGCGAUCGAGUCGCCAAGGCGCCGUUUCUGCACGACGACAUGGUUCCGUUCGCGCGGACGGGCGAAGGGGCGUGGCUUCUGGAAAUGUUUUCCGAGUCUAACAAGGCGCUAUACCCGGAGUACUGGGAGGAGCUGCGAGGCAUGGCGGCAGGCAGCUGCGUUCCGUUCGACGAGCUGCUGCUUCUGAAUCUUCGCAAGGAGUUUGGCCCCUUCCUGCCCUCUCUCAAUGGGCAUGCCACGUCAGACACACCUGCCACGUCAGCAGUUCUGCCAGAGCUGGCCUUGUCAGCUACUGGAGUUAAAGCAGCAGGAGGUGCUGCCACGUCAGACAGGGCGCUGCAGUAUGGAAUGGCGUCUGACGACUGUUCUGACGUGUUACUGCUCACUGAUGACGUGGCAGCUGUGGGCCACAACGAGGAUGCUGACUACUCGAUUGUGGAUAAUACCUUCCUCGUGCACAUGCAUUCUGACAGUGGUGUCACAUUCACGGCGUACACCUAUGCGGGCGAGCUGCCCUCUGUAGCUUUCGGCUUCAACGACGCUCGCAUGGGCUUCUCCAUGGACGCGCUGCCCCCGGCGCCGUCAGAGGUGGGGAAGGGAGGGAUAGGGCGCAACUUUGUGGCUCGCAGCCUCAUGGAGGCGCGCUGCAUAGAGGAUGCCGUGCAGCGUGUGACUGACCCAGCGGUGGCAGUGGGGCAUCACUACGUGCUGAUGGACUUUGCCCGCCGGCGAAUCGUGUCCGUUGAAACCGCAUCCAACGGCCGCCACAGCAUCCUGGAGCUGGGGCCAAGCCCCAAGCUGGGAAGCCAGGCGGAUUCACGUGGGGAGAAGGGGGGGGAGGGGGGAGAGGAGGAGCGGGAGGUGUUAGGAGUGAGUCAGAAGAUGAUGAAUGGCAUGAGUGUGAGAGAGGGAGAGGAGGUGGAGGACGAGAGGAAGGAAAGAAGAGUGAGUGGUUCUGAGAAGGGUCCUGCUGCUGCUGGUACUGCUGCUGCUGCUGCUGAAGGGACGGCGUCUCUCUUCCAUGCCAACGCCUACACCAGACUGCACCUCCCCCAGAGGAUGGGGCCCAGCGCUCACCGCAGAGAGGCCACUGCCAGAAGGCUGGGCGCACCCACAACCACCCAGGAUAUUCUUGAAAUUCUGUCCAACUCGGAUGACAAGGAGUACCCCAUCUUCAACGAGGGCAACCCCUUCGAGGCAGGCGGCCCUGUGAUCCACACCCUCCACAGCACCCUUUUCAACCUGGAUGCCGGAAAACUGUCCAUCUUUGGGGGACGGUCCACUGAUGGCAACGUGCUCCACGAGUUUGGCAUUUGAGGGACGAUAGAGAGGUGUAUGAGCAACAUGGGAGUCGCGGAUCUACUGAGCGUCAUCGUGCCUGUGACAUUGAGACAUACGUAAGUCACAUAUGAGCAGCAUGUUCCGUUGAGGCGCCCCCAAACAUCCAAGUUGCAUGGGGCCUCUGUUGUUUGCCUUUGAGGCACUACAAAAGCAAACCGGGCCCUCGUAGAGUUUUUUUCUCCUUUUGGCAAUUGGCCACACAUUAUGAGCCGCAUGCCUUUCCAUCCAUUCAGUGUAUUUAUCCAUGUAUAUAUGUGCACUGUAUACAUAUGUUUAUUGCGUAAGAU